GAAGGCAGCGGGAUACAUCCAGUCAGCGCGCGCCGCAGCCGUUAGUAGUAAAACCAUGCAAAGAUGGCGGAGCUACAAAUGCUGCUGGAGGAGGAAAUUCCUGCGGGACGAAGAGCUCUACUGGACAGUUUUACCAACCUGGAAAGAGUAGCGGAGUACUGCGAAAGCAACUAUGUCCAGUCAGCAGACAAGGAGCGAGCGCUGGAGGAGACGAAGAGCUACACCACGCAGUCUCUGGCCAGCGUCGCCUACCUCAUCAACACGCUGGCCAACAACGUGCUGCAGAUGCUGGACAUCCAGGCCUCGCAGCUCCGCCGCAUGGAGAGCUCCGUCAACCACAUCUCACAGACCGUUGACAUCCACAAAGAGAAGGUGGCGAGGCGGGAGAUCGGCAUCCUGACCACCAAUAAGAACACGGCCCGCUCACAUAAGAUCGUCGCUCCGUCCAACACGGAGAGACCGGUGCGCUACAUCAGGAAGCCCAUCGACUACAACGUGCUGGACGACAUCGGGCACGGAGUCAAGUGGUUGAUGAGGUUCAAGGUGAACGGCCAGCAGAACAUGAAGCUAGGAGGGGGACUCUCCCGCUCCAACCCCCCCACCCAGAAACCACCCAGCCCUCCGAGGGCAGGCAAAGGCAUCUUAGGGAAGAACUCCCCCUACAGGACUCUGGAGCCGGUGCGCCCCCCGGUGGUGCCCAACGAUUACGUCUCCAGCCCCACCAGAAACAAUCCUGCCGUGGGACAGCUGCCCAGUCCGGGCCGCACCGCCACGCUCAACCACCGACCCCGAACAUACAGUGGUAGCAGCGGGGGCAGCCAUCCCAGCAGCAGCAGUCGGAGCAGCAGCAGGGAGAACAGCGGCAGCGGCAGCGUGGGCAUUCCCAUCGCCGUGCCGACGCCUUCCCCGCCAUCCACCUUCCCAGUCUCCCCGACUGCUGGACCAGCUAGCUCUUCCUCCACUGCUCCUAACUCCUCCCCCUCCCCAACUCCUUCCUCUUUCUCCUCCUCUUCCUCCACCGCCACCUUAACUCAACCCAGCGCCCCCCUGCCACCAAACUCCCCUUCCCAGCAGCACGCUGACUCACCCCCUCAACCAAGCACGCAAUCAAACGCACCCGCCAACCCUUCUAACCCCGCCCCCGGCACGUCCGACCUUCCUCCUCCGCUCUCCUCCUCCUCUUCCUCACCCCCUGCCGAAGGAAACAUCGUCCCUCAGUUCUUCAGCAUGAACCGGCCGCAGCCCCGACAGCACGCUCUACAGGUGGGGGGGUCGCUGCCGUACCGCCGCCCCCCCUCUGUGACCGGCCAGCCAAUCGUAACAGAGAACCAGAUCAACGGUGGCCCCUACUACAACCAAAGCCCAGCCUCCCCUCCUCCCCCCUCCCUCCUCCAGUACAGUCCUCAGCUUCCUCUGAUGGGUUUCGUUGCUCGAGUUCAGGAGUCCAUCUCAGACACCACUCCCCCCCCUCACCCGGCUGCUGAGAGCCAAUCAGGGCCCGAGGAGCCUCUGCUUACGCCGAGUCCCCAGCCACUGGAGGACGGGCGUGAAGAGGAGGACUCGGCCGUGGUGGAGUACAGUGACCCGUACGCGGAGGAGGACCCGCCGUGGGCCCCCAGGAGCUACCUGGAGAAAGUGGUGGCCAUCUACGACUACGCGGCCGACAAAGAGGACGAGCUGUCGUUCCAGGAAGGAUCGAUCAUCUACGUCAUCAAGAAGAACGAGGACGGCUGGUACGAAGGCGUGAUGAACGCCACCACCGGCCUCUUCCCGGGAAACUACGUGGAGUCCAUCAUGCACUACGCCGACUGACGGCG